GAAACGCGCCGGAAGCGCGGCGGGACAUAAAAAAACGAAAUUCCCGGGGUUAGCCGUAGAAGGAGGAGAACCAAGCGAGUGUCGGAGCGGCGAAGCGGCUCUGGGUCCCGAAAAAGAGGAUAGGAAAGAGUUAAAAGGGCGCAUGCGCAGCCGGAAGUGAAGCCGCCAAAAGCCCGUUCGGGGGCUAAAGGUUGCCAAGGGCAACGAAGAAGGGUAUGACGCUUGUUUAUUUGUUUAUUUAUUGCGCUUCUUUCGCCCUUUUAACCCACACAGGGAGCUGAAGGUGGCCACAACAACUCCGCGAGGUGGGCUAGGCCGAGUGGAAGUUGGCAGAAAUUAUGACUGGCAUGGAGAGCGGUAGAGUUGGAAGGUACCCCCGAGGUCAUCUAGCCCAACCCCCUGCGAUGCAGGAACCUGCCAAGGAAGGAGGAGAGCCCACCACCUCCCGAGGGAGUCCGUUCCGCUGUAUAAUGGCUCUUACGGCGAUGGCAGAAGCAGCAGCAAGGGCGGCUCCUGAUCCCUGCGUCGCGUUGCGGCUCGUGGCCGCUGCGGCCUGGCACGUGGUGCAGAAGCAGCAGGUCAACGACUUCCCCCGCGUGCUGGCGCUGCUGGAGGCCGUGAACGAGGCGGCGCCUGACUUGGUGCACUUCCGGCACCUUGCCAAGCUGCAGUUGGGCCUGCAGGCAAAGGUGAUCAUGAGCAUGCUUCAGGAGGAGCAGCCAAAUGGGAAGAUCUAUGACAAUCUAGAUACGUUCUUUCCAGAGGGGGAGACUCAGCCCCACACCAAAGCUACGCCUCAGGACGUGAAGAUGGUGCAGCUGGCUCAGGAGAACUUCCGGGAUCUGGUGUUUGGGUUGCUGAGUGACCGUAGGGAGAGGGAGAAGUAUGUGCAGGAGCACCUGGAAAAGGAUUACGGAGAAGCCUUUAUGCAGGUGGUCAAAGAGCUCUUUCACGAUUACCUGUGGCAACUGGAGAAAACCCUCCCAGAGCCCGAUUUGCACCAGCUGCUGGACACUGCCUGCCUCCAAGGGCCGAGCCGGACUCCCCAGCCGGACUCCAGCAUCCUCUCGUGCUACCUCUCCGCCAUGGGGUACCAGACCGCAGGAUUACCUAUGCGCCCACCUUCUCCCCGCCUGUCAAGCUCCCUAGUUCACAGCGAGGAGGAGGGGGAACAUAGGACACUUGAGCCCUCCCAGGCGCAUGCAUACAGGAGUAGUUCACCCUGCGCCCAGGAACAGGAUUCCUCCAGGCGUCGACUGGGCAACCAGGGAAUGGAAGAAGUCGAGGAUUUUGUCCUGGAUUCAUGCAGUGACGGAUGCGAUUCCCCUUUCAUGAAGGGAGAAUACCAGUGCACCAGGCACAACACCCUCAUCCCCACGUUGCGACAGUACCUUAGCAACACCAGGAAUCAAUGUGCUAGUUCUUCAGCCUCAGCAACAUCCCAUCUAACAUGACAUCCGCCCCAUUGCUCUCCUUCUCCUCCUCCUCCAAACAUGUCCGCACAAAGAGAUUUUAAGGGCUUUAUUUUGGGUUUCGGCAAACAGUGC